CUCAUCUCAUAAGCUCUCUCUCUCUCUCUCUCUCUUCCCUUCUUCUUAGAUCUCUCUUUCUCUCUCUAAAAUGAGAGACUUUGUUUCCUGUUUCUCUGAAAACGCCGUUAACAUCUCCAAUCCCUCCUGCUCCACCAAAUCCAAUGCCGCCGCCGCCGUCACCGCCGCCGUUGUCUCUCCGCCCUCCACCUCCCCCUCGGUGUUAACAGCCGUCACCAGCCUCUACGCCGCCCAGAAUCAGCUGAUGAUUUCAGUGUCGUGGACCAAACUCCACUCAACCCAGAGCCUUUCCAUCAAUUUCACCCAACCCCAACUACCCACCAUCAUAGCCUUCAAGCUCGACACCACCGCCCGUUUCUUCAAGAAGAACAAAGGCUCAAAAUCCUACGACUUCCAAUCCUCCAAAAUAGAAAUCUUUUAUGAUCUCUCCGCCGCCAUUUACGACGGCGGUGGACCAGAACCCAUUUCGGGAUUCUACGUUGUAGUCACUUUGGAUUCAGAAAUCGGUCUUGUUUUAGGCGAGAUUCCCAUUUCUUCCAGGCCUUUAAACCUCAAAUCCGCCAUGGCCGCCGACCCAGAAGCUCGAAAAUGGUCGUUGAUCUCAAGAACAGAGCAUUGCGCCGGAAAUACUCUGUUUUUGACGAAGGCUAAGUUCAGCGAAAAUGGGGUGGCGCAUGAGAUCUUGAUUCGGUGCAUUGGAGAAGAAGAAGGGGGGAAAAAACAGCAUCCGGGAUUGUGGGUUUGGAUCGACAAGAAGGCGGCGAUAAGAGUGAAGAGAUUGCAGUGGAAUUUCAGGGGAAAUCAGAGCAUUUUUGUUGAUGGGUUGUUGGUGGAUAUGUUGUGGGAUGUUCAUGAUUGGUUGUUUGGGUCGGCCAUGAAUGGAUUGGGAGUGUUCAUGUUUCGAACCAGGUGUGGUUUGGAAAGUAGUAGGCUGUGGUUGGAAGAGGAGAAGAAGAUCAUCAAUUCUCAUGAUGAGAUUCAAAAGAAUUUGGAUUUUUCAUUAUUGAUCUAUGCAAGUAAGACUUCAUGAUUAUUCACCAUCAAUUUUUUUUUUUUUUUGAGAGAUGAGUUUAUCUCUCUAGAUUUCUCACUCUAGUUUUUUGUUUGACUCCUGAUAUCUUCGAGAUGAUAAUUUGUACUUCAUCGGUGUAUAAAUACUUUGAUCAAUGGAAUGAUAUUGGCUAAGCCCAUCGUUAGCAACA